AAUCGGAGCUUAUGUCGGCAGCGCUCAUCUAGUUAACUAAUGCCUGCUGCGGAACCCUCCGUCCGACUAGUACGUGACUUACGGUCUUUUUGUCUACUUGCAGGGUUGGAGGGAGUGGUGCACCUGCACUAGCUGCGCUUUUUCUACUAUGAGGCCCAAGAUUGCUGCUGUGGUUUCAGUCUUACUCAGUAUAGUGUGUCUGACUGUGGUAUUAUUAUUGUCCAAGAACAAUCGGUCUCCAGAUCACCCCUGCCAGGUACAAUGCAGAAGAAAGAGAGGGGAGUCCAACCUUACUGUUUCCAUGUAUAUUUCGGUUCGGCCCCUCGAUGUGGUCCCGCCGCCGACUGAUCGCCCGGAGGGUUCGACAGCUUGUUUCUGCCAAGUAACAUGGUGAAUGACCCGACGGUCUAUUUUGAAUGUUCAAGGGGUAUCAUGUAUGAUAUGUCUAUAGAUACAACAGGCUAAGA